CAUAACGGCUUGAUAGGGACAACAAACGUGAAACGUUGCUGCUGCUACAAAUGAAUUCUUAGGUUACCUGUUUUGGACCUUUUUCUUGCUUUGCUACAACAUCGUUCCUCAGCCCAAUAAUGAAUCCAUUAAUUAGACGGAGACUUCCUCCGUCCGUGAGGAGUCUUCUGACAGACAUCGGUCCAAAGGAGGAGUGGACUGAUGCAGAGCCUGACACAGUGACCAGAGAUGGGAUUCUGCUCCCGUCCAGAGGAGUUGCUUCUGGACAAGAGGAGUUUCUCUCACCAGCCAAGGCACAAGAGGAUGAGGCUACAGAGGAUGGGGGCAACGCCAGGAGGAAUGCGGUCUGCAUGUUGUGUAAAUGUAAACCCGCUUGCUACACCUGCCCUCGGUGUAACCUGCAUUACUGUGGCUUGGCUUGCUACCAGAGCCCAGAUCACUCGGUGUGCUCUGAGGAGUUUUACAAGGAGUCUGUUCUAGAGGAGCUGAAGGAUAUGGGGAAAACGGAAAGCGAAGGGAGAAAGAAAAUGCAGGAGAUUCUUGUGGGACUCAGACAAAAGGCAGAAAGAACAGAUGGGGGAAUGGAAAGUUUGUUAAAAGAAGUGGGUAUUUUGUCGGAUGAUGCAGGCGAAGGGGAAGAUGAGGCAACAGAGAAAGUGCAGGUUGUGGAGCUCUUGUCCAGGUUAGCAGAGCUCCAACAGUCUGGAGAAGGGAGCACAACAGAGAUUGGGGCUAUUUUGAGAAAACUGGAAGAGAUUGGAGAAGUGGAGCCGCUGUCUGGAGAUGUCGAUGAGGAUGCUGAAAGUGCAGAAGGGGAGCUGGACUUGGCCGAUCAACUCUCAGGGCUGGAUGUUGACAAACUUUCAGAAGAGGAGCUGUGGGAAAUUCUCAACAGCAAAGAGAAAGAGACGUUUAUGAGUCUGAUGAAGGGUGGAGCUCUUGGCGGGCUGGUCCCAAUGUGGAAGCCAUGGUGGGAGGAGCAUGACAAGGGAGGGAGAGCACUGGUGGAGGAAGUGAGCAAAUUGGAGAGAGAAAAUUUAACAACUGUGGAUGCACAUGAAGUUGAUAAUAAAGUUAAGAUGUCACAAGAAGUGGUUGACAAACAGGACAAAAAGUUGAGAAAUAUUAAAGGAAAAAACACAAAGGAAACAAGCAAAGGAAGUUCAACAGUUUCCACUGUGCCUCCUAUUUCUGCAAAAAUUCCAAAGUUGAGUUCUUUAUGUGCAAACCCAUCUCCCCUGAUAUGCUAUGGUUUGGUCAACACACUUUUUGCCUACGCCUUCACUCUGUGCCUGUUUAACGGUGACACUGAUUCGCUGAUGUUUGAGUUUUGUGACAUGAUUCUUGCUCUGUCGGAGGCACUGAACUCCAGCAAGGUGUUCAGCUCCGUCCAAGAGGCCUUAGACUGUGGAGAAACUCUCAUUUUGGGUGGAGGGUACCUCAACAAGGAGGAUCCUCUCUCUCCAGCCAGGGCGCUGGAAGCUGUAGCUCACAUCAUGACCGGCAGAGACGGAAAAGAUGCUACAGGAUACUGCCUGGCAGCCUUGAGUCAGCUUCGCUCGAUUCUCUCCCAGGCCAGAACAGCCCUAUCUAAAGAGGGAGAGGAACGGGCACAGAGGCAGAAGUACUUCCUGGCAAGCAAGAAGUGUGAAUUCUUUCAGGCUUGGGUGUUAGACAAUGCACCCCAGAUUCAUAGACUAGCUCUGGAGUUAUGGAAUGAACACAGUAAAAGAGAGAGUGUAAGGAACAGCAUGGACAAGGCAAAGACUGUAGUUGAGGAGAGCUUGAAGAAAGGGAAGAGGAGAGGGAAUAGAAAGUUGAUCGAAGAACUGAGCUCAUGAAGACUUUCUUGAACGUAUUGCUGUUUGUUAAUAUUGUAAUAAAAUUAUAUUAAAACCUAAAUUAUCUUCUCCUUGUGAAAUUCAGCCACCAAAAGGUAAUUUCUGGUCUGUUCUUAAUAAGCAGUUAAACUGCUCAGGUUGAGCAUAGCAAUAUAAAUAAAGUUUAACAUUAUUGUCACUUACAAUAAAUAAAGGAAGACAUUUUAUUUUAAGGAUCUCUUGCAUCGCAUAUUGGAAUUAUAGUCUAAAAAAGCAGAAACAAACAAACCUUGAGUGUAAGAUUAUGAGAAGCAAGAAUAGUAAAUGACAUAAAUUCAUACAUGUACAAUCGAAUAAAGGUGGUGUAUUUUUUUAUGAUGGUAUUUACAUUUUUCAUACAAUUAAAU